AUGUCUUUGCGAUAUACAAGGAAUUAUUAUGAUGAUCGUUUCCGUCGGAGAAAUGUUCAUGGCGAGAGCUCCGAAGGUGGUUUCGCGAUACAGAACCGCACCAGUCAAAUAGAAGAGACUGAGAUCCGAAAUGAUGGAGCGCAGGAGACGUCAGAGUCGAAUGUUGCAGGCUCUUCAUCGUCACACAUUCUGGACAACGAUGUGAGUGCUCUUGGCAGAGACGUGGACAGAUGGGUGAGGCCGCAAGAGUCCUCAACGACCCAAAGCACUGGGGUUCAGGACAGCAUGAUGGACCUGACCCACCGUUCUACAGUCAGGUCGCGAUGCACCGGAGUCAACAGCAUGUGGUACAUAGUCGCUUUGGUGAUGCCCCUGUUCAGUGUACACAACUGUGUCAUGACUCUUAGAUGCACCCCAAGCACUGUCAUGAACACUGCUGAAAUAAUCCUUCAUCAUGUGAACAAGCUCUGUACUAAGGCGCGAGCCAAUCUCAGAAGAUUAGUUCAAGAUCAGAUUGCGAGAGAUUUCUUCGCGACUGCAAUGGAUAUUGUACUAGUCAUUUACGCUUUGGGAUUUUUAAUUCUUUCCCUGUAUCAAGCUUCUGUGUUUGGAUGAGUUGGUAACAAA